AUGAAGCUAUCGUCUCUUGCAUUGAGCUCGCUCGUUGGAAGCUUCUGCUUCUUCUACACUUCUGGCCACAUGGCAGACCCCACUCCUUUCGAUCUUUAUGAUGAGAAUGGUCAGCCUUUGGGUAAGUUUCAAUUGAAGGGUGGUGACAUCAACAGUUGGAUUGUUGAUGGAGAUGGGUACACCGUGUGCCACAAGGAUGAUGCCGGAAGAUCGGGAGCUCACCACAGCCGCCAUCUCAGCCGAGAACAUGCUGAAAAGAUGCGCGCUCUACAUCAAACAAGAUCCCACGAACGAAAUGGUGUGACUACGGAGACAGUCCGCGCUGAAGACCGUGGAGAAGUGCUUGGAUAUGGCAAAGAUGGUGAAUUCGUGUACUUCUACUGCACAAGGCUCAAGGGUGGAAACAUUACUGCUGACUUGGAUCUUCCAGUCGCAACUACAGACCCCACCGAAAUUGAGUACCUGGAACCAAACAUCCACAAGUCGUUGCACGUUGCAGCUAUGGAAGCUGGAGUGUACGGUGAAUGCUCGCUCAACACAGGCGGAGUUUGUGAGCCUGAUGACACGAGAGAUCGUCUGCUUCGUGGUCGUGAACUGUCUGGGCUCAAGGAAGGAACGGUCCGCAACUUGGUCAUCCCUAUCAAGUUCGUUGGACAUGAAAAGCAGGCACUCCCAUCGAAAAGCGAUCUCGAGGUCCUGAUGAAUGCCAUGGAACCAGACGCUACCAGGGCACCAACUGGCGGUGUGAAGAAGGUCUUCCAUGACAACUCGGGAGGAAAGCUCACCUUGGAAUCGACAGUUCUUGACUGGGUUCAGUUGGAUGGCAGUACAGGUGGUUACUCUCAUACUGAGGAUUACUGUACUGGAUCCUUUGAUAAAACGACCAAAGGCCAAGGGAAGGGAGCUACAUACCUACACGACUGUUUGGUCGAAGCGUUGAACAAGAUUGAUAGUUUCGUUGACUUCAAACAAUUCGAUAGUGAUAAUAACAACAAGAUCGACGCCAUUACGUUCAUCCAUUCGAGCUAUUGUUCCACCGCUUGUGGCAGUGCAAGGGACAAGAUUUGGUCUCACCAGUGGGGGCUGAAUGGUAAACAGUGGACAAGCGCGGAGGGCGUUGUUGUUAACGCAUACCAUAUCAAUCCAGGAUUGAUUGGUUGUUCGGGAAGUAAGAUUGGAACCAUCGCCACCAUUGCACACGAGACUGGACACUUUUUGGGCUUGCCCGAUCUGUACGAUAGAAAUGGAGGUGGAAAUGGCGUCGGUGCCUGGAGUUUGAUGGCAUCGAGUGAUGGUUUUGGUGGUACGAAAACAUACCCUCCCAUGCUAGACCCGUGGUCCAAACUAAAGUUGGGCUGGGGAACAGCCACCGAGCUUUCGUCAUCGCAAAACAAGGUGGUGUUGCAACCUUCCGCCACAAACCACAAGUAUUAUAAGAUCAGCAAGGGGUUUGCAGCAGGAGAGUAUCUUCUCAUUGAGAAUCGCCAGAAGAAGUCCUUUGAUUCGAAAAUCCCAGAGGCUGGGCUCAUGAUUUGGCACAUCGAUGAAGACAAAAGUGGCGACCAGAAUGAUGACGAAGGGCAUCCUGGGCAACCAGAUUGGCCUAGCAACGGCAGACACUAUCAUGUCGCUUUGAUGCAAGCUGACGGAGAGUACAAGUUCGAGAAGCAGAAUUCUGGUAAUGGAGAUAAAGGUGAUAUGUAUGGACAAUGCCUUGGGGGUGGAACGUUUGGUCCUUCCACCACUCCCAACUCCAAAGGUUAUCAAGGUGGUCACGUCAAAGAUACUGGUAUCACAAUCACCAAUAUCUACCAACAGGGAGAUGACAUGGUCUUUGAUGUUUGCUUUGGAGAUUGUGCCUCGGGUUCUGCGGCACCGCCUACUCGUGAAUGCUGCAAAGAUCUGAAAGAUUACAAAAUGUGGGUGAAGGUGGGUGCAACGAAUCAAUAUUACUCAUACACAUGCGACGAGAUUAUGAGCAGAGAUAUGUGUGAUUCUACGAAUGGAGGCGAACCAAACACAGGUUUCCAGACGACAAAGCCCAAGGAUGCAUGCUGUGGAUGCAAGGGCGGUCGCUUUGCCUCACCUGGUGCCACCCCUGCUCCGAUUACUCUCCCCCCAACUGCUGCUCCUGCUCCUGGCUCUACCUGCAAGGAUGUUGCAGGGUACGAACUAUGGGAGAAAACUGUUGGUACUAACUAUGACACAUACACAUGCAAAACCGCUUUGGUCCUAGGCAAGUGCGAUUCGACCAGUGGAGGCAAACCAAACACACCCCUUGCCACCAAAACGCCGAAGGAGGCAUGCUGUGGAUGCAACGGCAGCUGCAAGGAUGAUACUGCAUGGAAGGACAAGGGCAAUGAUACAUGUGCCGGGUAUACGAAGUCACCAAGUUGGUGUGUUCAAGCUGAAAAGUUUAAGAACGCUGCUGGUGUUUCUGCAAAGCACGCUUGCUGCAUCUGCAAACUCUAUUAUUAA